UCGAUGAUUAUCUCGAUCACAGCUUCAAAGUCACUUUCUGAAUUGGAAGUUUUAUGGAUUCCAAGUAGUUGGAUUAUUACAUUGGGAAUCACGUUACUGACUUUAUUAUUCGGCAGAUUAAAACGAUUCGAUAUACAAAGAUCUUUAUAUACAUUCUUUACUGCUAUAUUCACUUUACAAGCAGCAGUUUAUAUAGUUCUCACUGUAUUGAAUCAUUUUAGUUGCUAUAAU